AUGAGUGACUCGCGAGUGCAUCCAUCUAGAACCAUUCUCCUAGUAGUUACCACUGGAGGCUUUACACAUGCCACCCCUGUCUUGGAAAUUGGCCGGGCGCUCGCGGAGCGUGGUCACGGCAUUCAAUUUGCAACCCUUGAGGGGCAAGAGAGCUGGGUUCAAUCUGCAGAGUAUGAUUUUGUGAAAAAGGUUCACCACUUAGGCCCCGGUCCAACCCACGAACAACUUGAUGGCCAUUAUCGGCGCAUGCAGGCAUGGGAUAUCUCCAAAGGCAUCGGGCAAGCUAUGGAAUCCAAGUAUCUCUUUGACUCAUUCUGGCCUCAAACCUAUCAUGGUCUCAAAAAAAUAAUGAAUGACCCAGGGACUCGACCUGACAUGAUCGUUGCCGAUUUCUUUGUCGAAGCCGCUAACGAUAUUCAUGUCGAAUAUAAGUUACCCAUCGCUGUUGUGUGUCCCAAUAUGCCCUCCUUCCAGUUACCAUGCCCGUAUAUCCCGGGCCGGCCAGGCUUCCAGCUUCCAGGGACCAUGACUUCUGAGGAUACCCCGAUGUGGCUGCGCAUCAUGAACGAGAUAUUCUUCUUACCGGACCUUCCAGCUAUCAUCCGCGCAGAAAAGCGGGGCAAGAAAAUGCGAAACGACACUGGCGUCUUCUAUCCGCCCCACAAGCCCAGUAAACCAGAUUAUCUCAUCUUUGUUAACUCAUUUUUCGGUCUAGAAAUUCCUCGAGAUCUACCGCCAACCGCUGCCCCUGUGGGCCCUCUCCUCAGUCCUUCUUAUCCACAAUUAGACGACGAGUGUGGUGCCUUCUUAGCCAAGCACAAAUCAGUUCUUUAUAUCGCUCUUGGCACACAUAUUAUUCUGCCUCAUAGGGAUGCCAUGACUAUAGUGAAGGGCGUGAAUUGUCUGAAGGAGGAAGGAUUGAUCGAUGGUGUCAUUUGGGCUAUGGGUCAGACGUGCCGAGCAGAUCUUGACCGCAGCACCUCGUUCUCGUUAGGCGCGGAUGGUCCAAAUGAAAUAACCUUGGGAGCCUUACUUGAUAACAAGCAUCCAGAUUGGAUAUUCCCCUUUUUUGCACCUCAGCGGGCUAUCCUCGACAGUGACUCUACUAAGCUCUACUUCACACAUGGUGGAGGAUCCAGUGCCAAUGAGGGUCUUUACCAUGGAAAGCCAAUGCUAUCAAUGGGUAUAUUUUCCGACCAAAUCGCCAAUACCGCUCGUCUCGUCGCAGGUGGCGUUGCUGAGUCUUUGAGUAAGCUCGGUUUUACAAGUGAUGAGCUUUAUACGAAAGCGAAAAAGAUUCUCAAAUCAGAAGACGGAAUGUAUCGACGAAAUGUGGUGCGUCUACAGCGCAUUGCGCAUGUCGCUGCUCGCCGGAAGUAUCAUGCCGCCGAUCUCAUUGAGGAGCUCAUGUACGACAAUGAGCUGCGGUUCGAAGAUGGCAAGGAAUUGCGACCAAUGCACUUGCAGACGGCUGAUAUGCGCAUGUCAGCCUUUAAAGUCAAGAAUUGGGAUCUUUACGCUGUCAGUGGGCUGGCCUUGUCUGUGGCUCUCGGAUCGAUGUGGCUUGCUGGACGCUUUGCAUGGAGCUAUCGCGGCGCCGUGAUGGUUCAGGCCCGAUUUAUCGCACUCGCAAGCUGGUAUACUCUGAAGAAUACCUUCAGCAAGUGA